AAUCCCUCCGAUGCCCGGUGACGUACCCGCUGCUCCGCCGUCCGCUCUGGAGGUUGUCAGCUUCAUCGGCAAAACGGUCGGCGCAGGCGCGGCACUGACAGCUGCUGUCUACUUACUCCGCAAAGUCUGCUUAAUAAUGGCCUGGAAAUCAGGAGGAGCUAGCCACGCAGAGCUCGUUAACAACCUCCGCAAAAAUGGCAUUAUUAAAUCUGACAAGGUCUAUGAAGUCAUGCUGGCCACAGACCGAGCACAUUUCUCAAGGUGUAAUCCUUACAUGGACUCGCCGCAGUCAAUAGGCUAUCAAGCGACCAUCAGCGCCCCACACAUGCAUGCCUAUGCCCUGGAGCUUCUACACGACCAGUUGUAUGAAGGAGCGAAGGCUCUGGACGUCGGAUCUGGCAGCGGGAUCCUGUCGGUUUGCUUCGCACGAAUGGUAGGUCCCAAAGGGAAAGUUUUAGGAAUCGAUCACAUCAAAGAGCUGGUAGAUGAUUCUAUAAACAACGUGAAGAAAGAUGAUCCCAGUUUGAUAACAUCAGGCCGAGUCAAGCUAGUAGUGGGAGACGGGCGAUUGGGCUACACUGAGGAGGCGCCGUAUGAUGCCAUCCAUGUUGGUGCAGCUGCACCCACUGUUCCCCAAGCUCUUCUGGACCAGUUGAAGCCCGGCGGGCGUCUGAUUCUGCCCGUAGGCCCGGCAGGGGGGAACCAGAUGCUGGAGCAGUAUGACAAGCUGGAGGAUGGCAGCACCAAAAUGAAGCCCUUGAUGGGGGUGAUUUAUGUGCCUUUAACAGACAAAGACAAGCAGUGGUCCAGGUGGAAGUGACUUCCUUGUCCCUCUCCUCCCCCUCUCUCCUUCUCACAGUGGCAAAGGGAUGAACUUUGAAGAGGAACACAGUCCAUAAUCCACCUUUUAAGUUUGAACCUGGAGAAAACUUGUAACGGGUCAGACAGCCCUUGACAUUGUGUUCAAAGCAUAACAAACCGUGCUUUUUUUUUUUUGGUUUUGUUUAAUUCUAACAAUGGACUAGAGUUUCACAUUUGAUGACGGCCCCGAGGGGCUGCGAGGAAAGACUGCUCGACGCUCAGCACAGAAAUAUGGGAUAGAGAUUCUUCUUUUUUUUUUUUUUUUUUUUUUUUUUGUUUUUGUUUUGCAGGCCUGCAUCCUUUUUGGUUAUGUGUUUGUUUUAACUGCUGGAUUUUAAGUUUGUUUUUCUUUUUUUCCCCCCCUUUUUCUUUUUGUGGUUUCACCAUUUGAAUUGCAAUCAGACGUUUUUCACAGCAUUACAUUUCAGCGGCAUCAAAGCUGAAUGUCGGAGGAACCCCGGACAACCAAGACGAAGAACACCUGAGCCUUUUAGAUAAUUCACCUAGCUACAGUCUGUGUGUGUGUGUGUGUGUGUGUGUGUGUGUGUGUGUGUGUGUGUGUGGGUCAUAAAAACUGUAGACUUCUCUGCUAAAAUAUGAGCUUUCUUCCCGUGGCAUCAGUAUUAGGAACACACAAAUGAACACACAAAGGCUGAUGUAACCCCCACACGUCCUGUUUGAUGUGCAGCACUCUUAGAUCAUUCAACAUGUAAAAUAAGUAUUGGAUCAUACUGAACAUACUCCGAAGGGAGCAGAGCACUAAUAACACCGACACACGCACGCACGUUCAGGGCUGUGCUUUCCACUUGAUGUGUUGCUUUCUGCCGCUGGUUUCCAUUAACAAUUUGUGCAGGCUCCUCUGGUGACUGACACUAAAUGGGGAAAGCCAAUGCUUUGCCAAAAUAAACUCCAACAAUAUAAAGCAAAUGAAUGUCUGUUUUCUUGAGGAAAAAAACAUUUAAAAAAAAAAAAAAAGCACAUUUUAUUUUAUUUUGGGUGAUCUAAGUGAUGGAUUAUAUUUGGCUUUCACAAUUGCUGGAAUGGCAUAUGAAAAUAAAGAGAUGCUUAUGUUUU